GGCACGAGCGGAUGUAGGCUUUGACAUCAGCAAGGAGGGAAGGCCAAUGGAAAUAACGGAAGAUGGUAUCAAAGGUUUUCUGGAAACCAAGGUGGCCAGUGGUCUUGGCGUCGUGGUGCUCGGCCAAGAGCUGGGUUUGGAGGCCACGGGCGUCAGGGAUGCAGAGUCGGCGGGAGCCUUUGGUUUCAAUAUAGAGAAGGUUGUCGUGGAGGGCAUAGCCGGAGACGGGGUCGAGGUCACGGAGUUCGUUGUAGAUGGUGGAGAAGUCGGGGCAAGAGAGGUAUCAUUGGGUGUAGCGAUGGUGGAGCGAUGGCAGGGGCUGGAUGUGGGUCAUGGUGGCGUAGACUUUCUCAAGGGGCUUGUGGUUGGGGCGGCGGGAAAGGGCAUCGGCAACACGGUUGCUUUUGCCGGGGGUGAGGCAAAUGGUGAAGGUAAAUUGGGCAAGGAAGUCGAGCCAGCGGGCUUGGCGAGGGGUGAUGCCUUUCUUGAAUUUCUGGUCGCGGAGAAUGGCGCGGAGACGAUCAAGGUGGGACUCGAAGGUGGGGCUAAAAACAAGGAUGUCGUCGAGGUAGAUCAUGACACAGACUUCGAGGAGGUCGCGGAAGAUGUGGUUCAUGGUGGAUUGGAAUGUGGCGGGGGCGUUGGUGAGACCGAAAGGCAUUACGAGAAACUCGUAGUGCCCGAAGCGAGAGCGGAAGGCGGUUUUGUGGGUGUCCUCCUCGCGGAUGCGGAUCUGGUGGAAGCCACUGCAGAGGUCGAUCUUGGUGAAGUAUUUGGCUCCACGGAGGCGGUCAAGAAGUUCGGAUAUCCGGGGAAGCGGAUACUUGUUCUUGAUCGUGAUCCGGUUCAAGGCGCGGUAGUCCGUGCACAUGCGGAGUUCCGAGGUGCCGUUCUUCUUGACGAAGAGACAACUGGUACCGAAGGGGGAGGAGCUAGGCUUAAUGAAUCCUUUUUCAAGGAGUUCAUUAAGCUGGCGCUUCAUUUCUUCGGCCUCGGGGACGGAGAGCUGGUAUGGGGUGCGGCAAGGGGGGGAGUGGCCGGGCUUGAGAUCAAUGGUGUGGGAAACACCUCGGUCAGGAGGUAGUCCGGCGGGCAAGGAUUCGGGAAACACGUCUUUAAAUUUGGAUAGG